AUGGUUUAUAAUUUAGUUAGAUUUGCUGCAGAAAUUAAAGGAAUAUAUGCUGGUAUUUCAUCUUUCAAUGACUCAACUUCCAGCCUUGAUCCUUCUGUUGGUGCUAGAAAAUCAUUUGAUGAUAACUGUUACAGCAGAUUUGCUAACCCUGUCUGCAAUGAUACUACUGCUGAUACAAGUGUGGGUUCCCCUAAUAACAAAGAUUUGACAGUUAACGAGAAAUGUUCCAUGAAUAUUGAAGUUAAGGAUUCUAGUGCAAGUAAAAGAAACAAGGAAAAUCCUAGUAACACUACUGAUGAGACUCGAUUGAAAUCAAAAUUUCCCAAAACUAAAUCUGAUACAUCUCAUGACGAGGCAGCAAAUUCGGGUAGUCAUGAACGCAGAAGAAAAGUUGCAAUUCUUGAAAAAUCAGUAACAGAUACAUCUAAAUGCAAAACUGUGCCUUACUUGGGUGGUUCUAGUAAAUAUGCUGUAAUUGAUGAUGUAGAAGAAGAAUCCCAUUUGUCCAAAUACAGAGAAGCACGAAGAUCAUCAUCUAGUUCUCGUGAUCGACUAUCCUCAACUAUCAAGGGGGAUUUUCUUUCACAGGCUAAGUAUGUGAAAACUGAGAAUCAUCAUACGUUACCCACCAAAGUUACUGCUAUUCCAAAUUUGCCGCAAAAUGUUCGCAGUGGUUUGAAAACAUCAAUGCAGAAAGUUGUCCAGCAGUUUAGAAGCUCAAAAGAUUCAAGAGCCAAUUCAAUGUCUGCUGAAAAUGAGAUGGGUUUUCCUUAUGAACUCUUUGUGGAACUUUACUGUUAUGACAAGAUGAAGCUAUUGCCCUUUGGCCUUACAAACUGUGGGAACAGUGAAAGGAAGGGAGAAGGAAGAAAUGAGUUUGGAAACUAUAUGUUUGUUUUGGAGCUUUAUCUCGAGAGAGGCACAGCCAGUCAAAAGAAGGGAUGGUGUUUUACAUGUGAGUUUGAAUAUCUAAUCCAGAAGGCAAAAGAAGGGAUUUCUCCACUUUCACCAAUUGGGAUAUUAUCUAAGAUACACAAGAUUGGAAGCCAUCUUGGGCAUGGGAGGGAAGAAGAUGCACAUGAGUUUUUGAGGUGUGCAGUUGAUACAAUGCAAUCUGUUUGCCUCAAGGAAGCCGGUGUUUCAAGUCCUUUGACAGAAGAAACAACUCUAGUUGGUUACACUUUUGGAGGUUAUCUUCGAUCUAAGAUAAAGUGCUUAAGAUGCCUGGGAAAAUCUGAAAGGUACGAGAGAAUGAUGGAUCUUACUGUUGAAAUUGAUGGUGAUAUUGGAACUUUGGAGGAGGCUCUUGGACAAUUUACGGCACCUGAAAUCUUGGAUAAAGAUAACAAGUAUAAUUGCAGCAGAUGUAAAACAUAUGAGAAAGCCAGGAAGAAGUUGACCGUAUUGGAGGCACCAAAUAUUCUUACAAUUGUAUUAAAACGAUUUCAGCAGUCUGGUAACUUUGAGAAGUUGAACAAGUCGGUUCAGUUCCCUGAGGUCCUGAAUAUGGCUCCGUAUAUGAGUGGAACAAAAGAUAAAUCUCCAUUAUACAGCCUUUAUGCAGUGGUUGUCCAUUUGGAUAUCAUGAAUGCUGCAUUUUCAGGCCAUUAUGUCUGUUAUGUGAAGAACAUUCAGGGAGAAUGGUUCAGGACUGAUGACAGCAGGGUAGAACCUGUCGAAUUGUCAAGAGUCUUAUCAGAAAGGGCAUACAUGCUUCUUUAUGCAAGGCACUCCCCGAAGCCACUGGGUUUAGUAAGUAGUCAUGCAAUCUCUUCUGCUGGAAAGGUCAAGAGGAGGUACCUGGAAGCCAUUCCUGCAACUUCUAAAACAAGAUCAAAUUCCAUGGCUACAAGCAGUGAUUCUCCCUCCCUACAGCUGAAGCUUGGCAAGUAUCCUAACUGGAAUGAUAAGAAUGGAGAUUCCAGUAUGGGGGAAGAAAUACGAUGGUGGAUUCUUCUAGUGAAAGCUCACUUUUCAGCUCGUCAGAUGCAAGUUCUUGUAGUACUGCAAGUAUCAAGGACUCAAGCCAGUUCUGCUGACUUCUCGGAUUACAUAUUUGGCGAGGUGGGACCCAAUUGGUAUAGCCACUAUGGGCUUUCAUCUAACAUGGUGGCAUCUUCCUCAUAUGAUAACUUGGAUAGAGAUUUCUUAGUGGAUAGUGGUGCAAGUAGAAGGUUCCGGCAGGAAACAGAAGAUAAAACAGUUUUGUAUGCUAACAAAAACAAAAAUCACAGUGGCAGUAGGGGAAUUGACCUUAAAAGAUAUAUCACUGCUAACCAUUAUGACAAAAAUUCUGGUGUACAUAAGUCAGAGUGA